UUUCGUGCGAGACAGACGUGGGGUAGACUUCAGAGCUGGUUACAAAUUAAUGACACAACUUUGGCGCGACUCCCGCAGACAACAAUCGAAGUGAAAAAAGAGCAAAAAGAAAAACAACCCAAAUUGAAAAGUGCAUGGCAAAUUAAAAGAAAAAGUGGCGUGUGAAGCAACUGCAACUGCAACUGUAACAAGUGCAGCAGAAAAGCUCAUUGUGUUUUUUUAUGCGCGAAGAAUCGUUGAAAAGUUUUGCGACUUUUCAAAAGUGUUACCAAGUGUAACACUAAGAUUUAUAUAGAUACAGAUAUUGUUAUCCGAGAGUUACGAAGCUCAGCAAGUGGACAUGUCUGCGUCUAAAUUAGAGCAGCACUCAAAGCCCAUACUGAGUCCAACACGAUCCCUUGACGAAGGUUUCGAAAGUGAUCCGGAUCGGGUUUCAACUGAUUCAGAGCAUCAAACAAGUGCAACUGCCAACAGCAGUAGCAACAGUAACAACAAUAACAAUGCAAGCAAGUUGGCGCUGCUCAGUUCAGCGGCAACUGGCGGUGCCAGCAGCAACACUACUAACAAUAGCAACAACAGCAACAUCAGCAGCAACAGCAGCAGCAACAACAACAAUAAUAACCUGACCGAGAAGUCAGCAACGCGAGUCGUUGCAGGCGGUGCACUUAGUCUGGCCGCACCGCAGCUACAGCGGCGUGAAUAUUACAAGGAGCAACUGCAUCAUCCACAGCAACAACAACAAUCACAGCAACAUCAACAUCAGCAUCAACAGUCGCAACAGCAGCAACUGAAGCAUCAACAACAGCAGCAGCAGCAACAACGCCUGCAGUAUCAGAAACAACGACAGCCUUUGGUGGCCAGCGCCGCCUCGAGCAUUCAUAAUCAUCGACUGACCAGCGGCGUCACAGUGGGAGCCGGCGCUGCUGCCUCCGCAGCGGCCGGAUAUAGACGCGGACGACGUCUGCACGUGACGCCGCCAGCCCGGAGCGCUCUGCGCUCGCAUUCCGUGGAUGCAAUUGGACGCCAGCGACAUGGCUACGAUCCCAGCAGCCUCAUACUGAAGCACGACGGCAACGGCAAUGUGAGUAGCUGCAGCAGCGCCGGUGUCAUCUCUAGCAACAGCCGCAUGCUCAACUACAAGAGCACGGCGUCCGGGGCAGUUGGUUCCGUGACUGCGGCAUCUGCUGCCGGCGGUCAGGCAGCGCUGCUUGUGCAGCCAAUAUCAAGUGCAACCCUGUCGCCGUUGGUGGCAGUCGGAGUGGAUGGAGUUGGUGUGGAGGCUGGCGGGUCAUCGCCAGUGAUUGCAUCCGCCACGCAUAGCUUGUACACCUUCUAUCCGGCGGAGGGAAAUCUGCAGGUGUGGCAAACGGAAUGCGGCGAUCUGACCUACAAGUCGUCAAGGAAUAUGCAUCAACUGCACAAGGCGCCGGUGUGUUGGACCCAAUCGAUACCCAGGCAAGCUAGAAGGUAUGUACUGGUUCCUUCCCUUAAUAUAAAAUUAAAGUUCUAUUUAACAUUCGGCUGGGUAAGUGCAAUCAUUCAAGGUUUCUCUUUGUGCGCUCACUUAUGUAUAUCUUCCAUCUUCAUGACAGUCCAUUCAAUUUAUAAGAUACUAUUUAGAUAGAGUCGUCUGUCUUUUAUUCUAAAAAAUUAGUUUGCUUAUCAAUCGUGCGGCAUCAUGUAUUGUUUGACGAGACACUCAGAAAGAGAAUUGGCGACAAAAGGUCUGUUUAAGUGCGCGCAAUUAGAAACACAAUUGUAUCUCUGAGCUGUGGUCUGCGGCCGGGUUCAUGACUUCAUUUGUAAACGAAAGCGAAAGAGCAGCAAAAAGUUGAAAAAUGUAUAUUUUGUUUUUCUAUUACGUUCACUUUUUUUUUUAGCCGUGCGAAAAGUUUUUACUUUUACUUGUUGAUUCUUUUUGCCCAUAAUUAAAACAUAACAGCAAUAUGAAAAGCUGGCUACUUUAUAGCUAUAAUUACACAGUUUCUUUUUACCGGACCGGACCCUGCGACUUUAAUUAAUAUUGGCAGAUUGUAAAAUGUACAAUGUGGUCGCUGUGGUGCGAGUGUGGCAAGUGACAUUCAAAUGGCCUUUAAACAGAUGUAUAAAUUUGAGGCAUUUUAUCAAUUACAAAACAAUGAAGUGCGAUAAGUAAACUCAAUAUUCAACAAUAACUUUCUCAAGUGCUUGGUACUCAAUCAAUUGAGACGAUUUAACAAAAGAUACGCUGAAAUAAUUACAAAGCCAACCACAAGAUCAUGAAAUACAAGCCUCAAUGCGCGUCUCUUCCAAAGACAAGUUCCAAGCCCCUGUCUCCUCUCUCUGUGAUUCAAAAACGAAAAAAAAAACAUAACAAACAAUAAUUGUCAAGCAAUUUGAAUUUGGAAAGUAAAAGUCAGAAGUGUGUGUCGGCUGGACUGUCAACUGUUGGGUCAAACCUCCGCUCUCGAAUUGAUCUUUGGCUUCAUAUAUGCUUAUUAAGUUUUUGUCGAGACUUGUUUGUCAUGUAAUCAAACUCACUCGCAUGCAUCAAUUGUUCAAUUAGUCGGCUCAAUCAUGCAAUCAGUCGAGACGUAACAGCGGCUAACCAAACGCAAAAGCAAACGCAUGCAUUAAAUUGCCUCGAAGCCAUUGGCAAAUGGUAUAGUUUACCAUACAGCCAACUCCCAAUAGACGGCUGUUUCUUAUGGUUCAUGGUCUUUGGUAAUGAUACUUAACGCUCUCUUGUUCUAUACUUGUAAAAUUAAUU